AUGAUCCAAACACUUUACAUCGCUCGACACGGUUUUCGAAGUAGCUGGACUAAUGGGGACCGGUCUGAUCGUAAUGAUUCACUCUCCGAGCUCGGACUAAAACAAGCCCAAGAUCUUGCAACCUAUCUGGCGUCCCUAGCUGAGGAUAAGAAACCAACAGCGAUAUUCUCUUCGCCUUUCCAUCGUUGUCUUCAAACUAGCCAAUUCACGUCCAUUGCCCUUGAUGUUCCGAUAUAUGUUGAUCACUGGAUUUCGGAAUGGUAUUCUGACUUGACUGCCAGCAAAGCUAUCAAACAACCUGAGCCACCCAGUGCAGAUAUCCUUCGCGUAGAUUUCCCUGAGAUAGAUGCAGAUGCUUGGUCGAGCCUGUGGUAUCCUCCCUCAACUGGCGAAAACGUUUCCCAAAUUACGGAAAGAAUGUCAACGUUCCUUUCACGGUUCAUCCCCAAAGUGGAAUCAACCUUGUCUCCGGCGAAACACGAACGGAUUUUACUUGUUACCCAUGCAGCACCUGUGAUCGCGUUGGUCCGGAACCUUCUGCAUGGAACGGAGUCGAGGGUUAAGCCUGGUUGUUGUUCGAUCAGCGAAUUCGAGCGCAAUUUGAAUUCUGAGUCUGAAGAGUCAGGGUGGGUACCCAUACGUAUUGGAGAUUGUGCUCAUGUUAGUGGAGAUAUCAGAGAAUGGGGUUUUGAGGAUUAUUAUUAG